AUGAGCCAUCGCAUCGCAGCUCUACUUCGGCGCGUGGCCGACUGUGGGGAUGGUGCUGCUGCCAUGAAGAAGACCAGGCCGCUGCGCGUGGCCGGGGAGCCCCUGGGCGCCACAUUGCCGGCGGCGGCCGCCGAGCUCGCUCGUUUCCCUGAGGUGUUCCGCGUCACGGAUGAGGCGGUGGACGUCGUGGCAGGCGACUCCGUCCCGUCUCGCUCCAAGGCCGUUGCGGGAGUUUUACAGCGACUCCGUGAGGAGGACACGGUUCCGAUGCUGAAAGGCUGGCGGAAUGAAGAGUGGCCAGUGAAGGCAUCCUUCCAUUCGGCGCCAGCGUUGGUUGUGGAGCGGGCUGCUGGACCCCUCCUGGGUGUGCGGGGCUACGGGUGCCAUGUCAAUGGCAUCGUGGAGUCACCGAAGGGCCCCUUGCUGUGGGUUGCCACGCGGUCACGGACAAAGCCGACAUAUCCGGGCCGUCUGGACCAUAUUGUAGCAGGAGGCCUAUCGCAUGGCGAGCUUCCUGGUGACAAUGUGAUCCGGGAGUGCUUUGAAGAGGCACGAGUGCCGAAGGAGCUCGCGCAGACCGCGCAGCCGACUGGCGUCGUUUCGUACUGCCAAACUGAUGAGACAGGAUGGGGCGUGAAGCGCGAUGUGAUCUUCUGCUACGAUCUGAUCCUCCCGUCGGAUUUCCAGCCGACGGCCGGCGAUGGGGAGGUGGAAGCCUUCGAGCUUAUGGGCAUGGAUGCAGUCAUCGACUCCCUGGUGUCGGGGUCGGAACCAGACUGGAAGCCCAAUGUCGCGGUGGUGAUCAUUGACAUGCUUGUGCGCCGCGGUUUCCUCCGACCUGAAGAGGAUGGGUACGUCGAACUCGUCUACUGCUACGCCUCCGACGAUCUGUGCCUGGGAUGUCGGGUCACAAAUGGCGUCACCUUCAGCGCGGUUGUGGCGACGAAGGACACCAUCCGCACCAAGGACUACACAAUGCCGAAUAUGAGGUACGUGGCUGCGGAGUCCAUUGCGAACGACCGGAUCCUCAUCACCUUGCAGGUGGAUGAAGGUGCCAUGGUAUGGUGUGCCGCCUGGAGCGCGGACCCGGCCUUCACCGACUCAGUGGACGCAGAGACGCAGAUCAAGUCACAGACCACGAACUGCGAGGAUGGACGCGGCAACCAGUGCGGCACGUUUUGGGUCUACGACCUCGAUGAUAUCGAAGAUGCAGACUCGGACGGUGUGAACUCGCGCGCCGACUACGAUGACAUCUACAAGUGGAAGUACAAUCAGGCCAGCCCUUCAUUUGCAAGCUGGUUUAGGGUUUAG